AACAAGUAUGGGACAAACAGAUGUUGCGGAUCAAUUCAGUGAUUUUUCUUCAUUCAGCGAAUGCCUUGAGAUUAGGAUAGGAGAUCUACUGCAAAAAGUACGGUCUGAGGAAAAACUUGAAAUCGAAAAUCUUAUUGAUAAAAAACUUGAUAAAUUCUUGAAAGUUUUUGACUAUGAGAAGGUACAGACUGCAAUAUUCAAGUUGGAAAAGAAAAUCGAAGAUGUAAUGGACUCUAAUGAAAAUCACAGAAUGGCUGAAAAAUAUAAAAAACUGAAAGAAUCCGUGAAAGAAAACGAAGAGAAGAAGUGGGAAAAAUUAACAGCCGCCAAUAUAGAAAAACAAAAAUGGAAGACAGCUCACGAUAAAAUCAGAAAGGAGAUGGAGGAUCUAAAUGAACGUAUCAAUGAGUUGGAAUCUGAAAACAGAGAUCUUAAAGAAGAGCUCAAAACGAAGAAUGAAUCAGUUUCCGGCCUAAAAUUCGAGCUGGACGGAUCUCGUGGACGACUGGAGGAAUUAGUUUCCAAGAACAACAAGGAGUACAGAGCCCUGAAGAAGACAAUAGAAAGACACAUUGAAAUACUGAAUGCUUCCUUGUCGGCUGCAAAAAUAUCUUUGGUCCCAGACCAAUGGCAGAGAAAUCCAUCACAGAUUUGAUACAUUUCAAAUACAUACAAUUAUGACAACAAUGAUUUCUACA